AUGGAAGCUAGAAAAAGAUUUAUGUCUAUUGAUCCAACGAAGCUUCCCAAUCCUCCGAUGCCAUCCUAUACACUCACCAUUUACAAUCUCGACUUAUUUGAAAAGUCAAAAUUCAAGAACUAUGACUCUUUACUUGAAAGUAGGCUCGCCAAUUGUCAAGCUAGAGCAAAUCAUUUGGCAUCGAUUCUUGAAAAUGGUAGCGCGAUUAGUGUGAAUGGAACUCUGGUAGAGCCACACGACGAGCGUGAGAGUAAAGGGGCCCGCAAGAAGGUUACGGGAACAACAACGACAUAUUUGGUAGGUCAAUAUGUUGCAUUUUUUGCUCUUGGCACUGAACAAGUUAAAAGUUACUUGGUAAUAGACACUGGCAGUGAUUUAGUUUGGUGGCAAUGUGGACCAUGUUAUAAAAAUGGAUGUUACAAACAGAAAAAUAAUCCUUUAUAUAUUUCAACUAAUUCGAAAACAUAUGGAAAACUUGAUUGCCUUGUAGAGAGUAGAAACUGUGAAAUCACACACAAGGAAUAUGAAUGCAGUCCAUAUGGUAAUACAUGUAUCUAUGAUUACAAAUACGUGGAUGGAACAAGAACAAGAGGUGUGAUUGCACACGACGUGAUUACUUUUGUUUUAGACCAAAAGCAGGUAAGCAUUGUUUUUGGAUGUGGCAAAGAUCAAACACAUGGAAAGGCUUUUAGUGAUCAAUAUUCUGGAAUUGCUGGACUCGGACGUAGAGUAAUAGGUGGUGGCAAUUCUUUACCAUCACAAUUUGAAGCAGACAUAAUGUCCAUGUGUCUACCGGGAGCUCUCUCCCCAAAAGGAUCAACACUUAGCUUCCACACAACGCCAUUUAAGAAAACAACAUCAGCAACGCUAUUACAAGAUUUCAGAUUCGCUUCAGCUUACUUCGUCAACCUUUAUAAAGUUUUUAUUAACGAUAGGGAAGUUCCGAUGUUCCCAUCAUUUUCUAGGAAUUUUGGAAAUUAUGCGACGCGCGGUAGCAGCAUUGUGGACACUGGAACAUUUAUUACCCGUUUCCCUAAAGAUUUUUAUACUGUAUUCAGUUACACAUUUAGACUACAAGUGCGUGGUAUUCCUAUGAUUGAUGUUCCACCAGGAUCAGUUUAUGACACUUGCUAUAAAGUGAAUACGACUGGUCCGGAUCCACAUUUCCCCGUUGUGAAGAUGUACUUUGGCUCCGAAAACCCAAAUAAUUUGUUGUUACUGGCACAACAACGAGUCAUGUUGUACAUUAAUGGGGUUUUCUGUCUGGCUUUUAUGCCAUGGGACCAAAACAUCGCACUUAUAGGAAGUAAUCAACUCCAAGGCAUAGGAUUAACUUUUGAUACUGCAGCAAAUACUCUGUCUUUUGACUUAGAUGCAUGUAAUUGA